AUGAAGAAUAUGAACAGGGAUUUGUUCGAUCCAAGAACGGUGAUGGAAUCAGAAUAUGAUAGGUCACCGAAAGAGGGGAAUUUUGGGUUUGCUUUUAAUGAUAGCAAUUUUUCGGACCGUGUUCUUCGGAUCGAGGUUAUGGCCGGACCCUCCGAUUCUAAAUCCGACGCUGAUGGUUGUUGUAGUCUCUUUGAUUGGGCUCGUCAUCGCAAGCGUAGGCGUGAGGAUUUUAAGAAGGAUGUUCUCAUUGAUAAUCAUAACAUUGAUGGUACAGAAGUUACUGUGUGUCCUGAGGAGCAGGUUUUGAAUCAAUAUGAUGGCGAUGAUGUUUUAGCAUGUGAAAAUGAUGAUGAGGAAGCUGUUGUGAUGGUUGAAGAAGUACCUUCAGGAGAUGAAGGGGCCAAUAGCAAUGAUUCAUCGUGGAGCAUGGAAUGUUCAACAAUUGUGAGCGUGCAAACCUUGCAUAUCAGUUCUCCUAUCUUAGCAGCCAAAAGUCCUUUUUUCUACAAGCUAUUCUCGAAUGGUAUGAGGGAGUCUGAACAGAGGCAUGUGACUUUACGCAUUAAUGCAUCCGAGGAAGCUGCUCUAAUGGAGCUUCUGAACUUCAUGUACAGCAACACCUUGUCUGCAAAUACAGCCCCAGCUUUGCUUGACGUAUUAAUGGCUGCGGAUAAAUUUGAGGUCGCUUCGUGUAUGAGAUAUUGUAGUCGUUUGUUGCGGAAUUUGCCUAUGACCCCCGAGUCUGCUCUACUUUAUCUUGAGCUUCCGUCCAGUGUUUUAAUGGCCGAGGCAGUUCAGCCAUUGACCGAUGCAGUAAAGCAAUACCUUGCUGAUCGUUACAAGGAUAUUUCCAAGUUCCAAGAAGAGGUCAUGGCUUUACCCAUUGCUGGAAUUGAGGCUAUUCUUUGCAGUGAUGAUCUUCAGGUGGCAUCUGAGGACGCAGUUUAUGACUUUGUCUUGAAGUGGGCCAGGGCUCAAUUCCCUAAACUAGAAGAGCGCCGCGAAAUUUUGGCCACCCGUCUUGGUCGAUUCAUUCGCUUUCCAUACAUGACCUGCCGGAAAUUGAGAAAGGUUCUAAGCUGUCCAGACUUUGAUCAUGAGGUGUCAUCAAAGCUUGUUCUUGAGGCACUCUUCUUCAAGGCUGAGGCUCCACAUCGGCAACGAAUAUUGGCUGCAGAAGAAUCAGCUUCCACAAACCGUCGCUUUUUGGAACGUGCUUACAAGUAUCGCCCUGUUAAGGUGGUUGAGUUUGAACUUCCCGGCCAGCAGUGUGUUGUGUACUUGGAUUUGAAGAGGGAGGAGUGUGCAAAUCUAUUCCCAUCUGGUCGAGUAUAUUCUCAAGCGUUUCAUUUAGGUGGGCAAGGAUUCUUCCUUUCAGCCCAUUGCAACAUGGAUCAGCAGAGCUCUUUUCAUUGCUUUGGGUUGUUCCUGGGAAUGCAGGAGAAAGGGUCAGUAACAUUUGCAGUUGCCUACGAGUUUGCUGCAAGGUCGAAGCCCACAGAAGACUUUCAGAGCAAAUACAAAGGAAACUACACAUUCAUGGGGGGUAAAGCAGUUGGUUACAGAAAUCUGUUUGGGAUUCCAUGGACCUCGUUUAUGGCAGACGAUAGCCUUUAUUUCAUCAAUGGCAUCCUGCAUCUUAGAGCUGAGCUCACCAUUAGGCAUUGACUUGAAUUUGUGUCUUCCUCAGAAAACUUUUGGCAAUCUUUGCUAUCCUUGAAAACUUUUGUGUUAUUGUAACUUUCCCGUUCUUAGGGCUUCACAGGAACCAUACAUUUUAGGGCAAUAUAGAAGAGCUAACAUGUAACUUAUCGUUUAGUAUGUGAGAGAUCAAAAUUAAUAGGAUCUCACAAUGUUGUCCUUGCCGAUAGACCUGUAAAGCAGAGGGACUCAAUGUAAAUGUGCUUGAGAUGUUGUAUUAACCACCAACUUGUUCUGCUGCUCCAGUAUGGGGUUACUCAUUCUUCAUUUCUACAUGAAAUGCCUAUAAAGUAUGAAUGCCUUGCCUUAUUC